AUCGUCGCAUUUACGUAUCUUACGUUUUACGACGGUCUUCUUCUUCUUCUUCUUCUUCUUCUUCUUCCUUCUUUUUAUCGUGAUUUCUUCUAACUCGUUAACCUGGAUAUAUAUAUAUAUAUAUAUGUAUAUGUAUAUGUAUAUGUAUAUGUAGGAACAACGUGUUACUCACUGUUUACUUCUUCCUCGCGUAUAUCCGUAUAUUAACUUCUCGAGUUAAUUGUAAAUUUGUUUUUCAUUCUUUUUUUUUCUUCUUCUUUUUGCUCUAUCCCUUUUUUCUUUCUUUCUUUCUUUUCAUCUUUUUUCUCGUGUAAAUCAUCGUAAGGUUGGCCCCAUUAGUCGGCAAAGAGCGCGGAGAGACAAAGAUCCAUCGUUGGAGACCGUACGAGAGAUCGAAGUAUUUCCAUAGAGGAAGAUAGAUUUGGUAGAAGUAAAUAGACAAAGAAGAAAAAGAAGAAGAAGAGUAAGAAUAACAGGGGAAAAAAGAAGAGAAGAGAAAAAAGGAGACAAUUCGUCGAAUACUCCGGUCGAAGUCGUCCAGCCAUGAUAUGACACUCGAGUGAAGCGAGCUCUCUGUAAGCGACGGGCAGCCAUCAUGAGGAUAUUACUUCAACUUCUGGCCGUCCUGCUGUUGGGCGUCAAUGCCAGACGAAGGGACGGCGAGGGCCCUGUAGACGACAUCUUUGGUGGACAGCGUCGUGCCACUCAGCACAAGAUUAAUUACAACACUAAUAACAACAACAACAACAACAAUAACAACAACAACAACAACAACAACAACAAUGGCCAAGCAUUGAAUUCUCCGUACUUGCCGUAUCAACAGCUAAGAGAAAGGAAACCCAAUAUCGUAUUGAUCUUAACGGACGAUCAAGACGUCGAGCUUGGUUCGCUGAACUUCAUGCCGCGGACCCUAAGGCGAAUAAGGGACGAGGGAGCCGAGCUGAGACACGCAUACGUGACCACUCCCAUGUGUUGUCCAAGCAGGAGUUCCUUACUGACCGGCCGUUACGUUCACAAUCACGAGGUCUUCACGAACAACGACAACUGCAGUAGCCCCCAGUGGCAAAGAGAUCACGAGCCGCACUCCUUUGCCGCUUACCUGAGCAACGCAGGAUAUCGUACCGGAUACUUCGGUAAAUAUUUGAACAAGUACAACGGCUCGUACAUACCGCCUGGUUGGCGGGAAUGGGGUGGUCUGAUAAUGAACUCGAGAUACUACAACUACAGCGUCAACAUGAACGGGAAGAAGAUAAAGCACGGCUUCGAGUAUAGCAAGGACUAUUAUCCGGAUUUAAUAGCUAACGAUAGCGUUGCGUUUCUACGGCAAAGCAAGCAUAAUUUCGCCCGCAAGCCGGUAAUGUUGGUUGCAAGUUUUCCGGCGCCUCAUGGACCAGAAGAUUCCGCGCCGCAAUUCUCGCAUCUCUUUUUCAACGUCACCACUCAUCAUACGCCAGCUUACGAUUACGCACCAAAUCCAGACAAACAGUGGAUUCUCCAAGUCACUCAGAAGAUGCAGCCUAUACACAAACAGUUUACGGAUCUCUUGAUGACCAAGAGACUCCAGACUUUGCAGAGUGUCGACGCAGCGGUCGAUAGAAUCUAUCAAGAAUUGAAAGACUUGGGAGAGUUGGAUAAUACCUACAUCAUUUACACAUCCGACCACGGUUAUCACUUGGGACAAUUCGGUCUUAUCAAAGGCAAGAGCUUCCCAUUCGAGUUCGACGUCAGAGUACCUUUCCUCAUAAGAGGACCUGGCAUAGAACCUGGAUCCGUAGUAGACGACAUAGUUUUAAACAUUGAUCUGGCGCCGACCUUCCUGGACAUCGCCGGCGUCGAAACACCACCGCAGAUGGAUGGCCGAUCUUUCAAGAUGCUUUUUCUAAAUAAUAAACGUGGAAGAAGGCCGAAAAUAAAAUGGCCAGAUACAUUCCUAAUCGAAUCGUCGGGUCGUCGAGAGACCCCAGAGUCAAUCGCUGAAUCGAAAGCACGAGAAGCGAGAAGGCAAAACGCGACGAUGACGAGGCAAACGCAUGGUUCACAGAACGAGGAGGUUGAUGACAUUACCGAAGCCGAUGAUUCUGAGACCGAUCGGCGAUUUAUAGAAAAUGAUACUGGAAGCGAUCAAGAUAUUUCCGAGGAUGAUUUCGACGAGUCGAUUAUCGAUGAAACAACUCCGGAAUUGCAUUUGGACAACAGAGUGCAUCCGGUUCAAUCGCCGUUCUCUUCGAAACACGAGCGUCUUGCAAUCGAGUGUUCGAGACCGGAAGCACAGGCCGAUUGCGUGCAUGGUCAAAAGUGGCGUUGCGAGAGAGACGGUCAUCGUUGGAGAAGACACAAAUGUAGAUACGCGUUACCACCGCCUAUACAAAGGACGUCGAAAAAAUGUGCAUGUUUCACGCCACAGGGAUUGGUUUACACUAGAUUGGAGACUAACGAUUUCGAUAUAUCGAGAUAUGGAUUUGGAAGAGAUCGAAGACCUUUAGAUCCUUAUGGCGAAACGACUGGAUAUUUUAUGAAACGAGGUAAAAGAGAAAUAUCCGAGAACGAUGAACUCGAGGAAGAUGAUUUUGAUGACGAUAUGAGAGAUCGACGAGCUAUAGACGAGGAAGACGACGAUGAAUUCCUUCAGGAUUUGGAUACACUUAAAAAAGAUGUCCACGAGGACGACUAUUCCUUCAGAAAUGCCUAUCGUAAUAAUACGAGAGUAAUGCGGAUCGACACGGACGAUGACGACGAGCAUAAGAGUAAUGUAGAAGAAAAAGCAUGGGAUGAUCGUCUGAUUUCAAGUUACUCGAUUAACGAUUUCGAUCCUAGUUUAGAUAAGAUCGUAAAAGGUCGAUUAAAUGUCGAAGAUGUGAUCAAGAGACAUAGAAGAGUACGAAGGAGUGCAACGAAGAAGGAUACGAUUGAACACGUUACACAGAUAAUGGAAAGUAUAGAGGAAGAAUUGGACGAUUUAAAACAAACGCAUGCACGUCAUUCUACCUCGCCACGAGUGACUUUACCAUCCAAAUGUUCGGUACUUCCCGAGGGUGGUGUGAAUUGUAGCGAAGCUAUUUAUCUGGAUCCGAACGAGUGGAGAAUAUCCAGACGAAAGAUCGAACAACAAAUCAAGGAGAUGAGAAUGCAGUUAGAGACUUUGAAGGAAAUACGUCGACAUUUAAUGAUUAAACGUCCUCAAUUCAUUCCGGACAAUGAAGAGGAGUCUGCCGAGCCAGAGGAACCACAUGUUUCUCAUAAACCACAUUAUCAUACUUCUAAGAAUCAUACCAGCAGGCAUCACAAAAAACAUGAGAAAGGGCCCCAUGCGAAUUCGAUUAACGUAACCACUACUACCACCCAUCGAUCUACUUCAAAGUCGACUCAAUUUUCUACCAUCGAGAAAGACUCGACGAUUCACGAUGAUAAUAUAAAUAGAUAUAACGUUACUCAAGCAGAAAUUUCGAUUAAUGAAAGAGAAUCUACUUUGGAGUUAUCCAACACGACUACUACUACUACUACUACUACUACUGCUACUGCUACUGCUACUGCUACCACCAUUACUACUACUACUAUGUCACCAAAAGCGAAAAAGAUUCCACGUCGACAAAAAGUCAAAGAACCAUCUAACAAUACUACCGAUAGCGAAGAUAAUAAACAACAAAGACGUAGAAAAAUUUCGUAUAACCGAAAGAACAAUAAUACCCUUCUUACCAAUAGCGUUCACGAUGACGUCCCACCAAAUCAAAACGUAAAUGAAAAUAUUGGAACUGUUACUCCUAGCCAAGAAGACCAAGUAACUUUCAAUCAAAAAUCGCAAUAUCGAACAAAUAAAUCAACCAAUGUUCCAAUCGUCUUUACCAGUGCUCACGAUGGCACUCAAGAUAAUUAUAGAAGUAACAACGUAAAUAACAAAUUAACGACGACCGAAUUAACGUCACAUCAUGUAUCAUCGUUCGUAACUGAAACACCAGGUUCGAUUGGAACAGUCCAGUUUGGUACACCAGUGUUCAAACCAACUGUAUCUGCCGCACUAAACCAUCCUACUUCAACUAAGAGCGAAACUACUAGUACAACUAGUUCAACGAUACAAUUAACUGUACCAACUACAAUUCCACCUGCUAAGAAAUUACCAAAAGUACAAAAGAACAAAACGGGUGCUAUUCUGGGACCAGCUAGAAUAGAUGUUACCAUUUUGGAGACUCCGGAUAGAAAACAUAAACAAGGUAUAACAGCGACAAAUAAUAAUGGUCGUUUACCACCGUUACUAAACAGUCCUUUAGAAGCACGUCACAAGUGCUAUUGCGAACCUGAUUCGUAUUCGAAGAAAGAUGAGAAAGAGAUAGCUAGAGAGGAAAGGAGACGGUUAAAAGAGGAACGACUUAAGAAGAAAGAACGCAAACUUAAGAAAAAGGCUAAGCUUGAAAAGGAUUGUUUGACUGAAAAGAUGAAUUGCUUCGAGCAUGACAAUGAUCAUUGGCGCACUGCUCCAUUGUGGAAUGCAGGACCAUUCUGUUUUUGCAUGAAUGCUAACAAUAAUACGUAUUCCUGUAUACGUACUAUUAACGUAACGCAUAAUUUCCUUUAUUGUGAAUUUACUACAGGUUUAGUGACUUUUUACAAUUUAAGAGUCGAUCCGUUUGAACAAUGGAAUAGAAUAUCGAUGUUGACACCGUCAGACAGAUCUUAUCUUCACGAUCAAUUGGAACAUUUGAAAGGUUGUAAAGGAACGCGCGAUUGUACCGUAGGAAGCGCCAGAGAGACAAUGCCUCAAGUUCAACAACAUCAAAAAUAUAUAUCUAAGAGAAAGUAUAGUAAUACAUUUGAGGAUUUAUUUGUGCCAUCAGCCUUACAAAUUAUUCGAGAAAGUGAACUCGGUAGUCCGCCUAAUAAAAGACGGAAAAAAUUACCAAGCGUUUGGAACAGGCGAAGUCGAAGUUGGCAAAGUAACUUCAGACAUCAUGAAGAUGCAACGACUUCACGACGUCACAGACAUCAGUAUUGGUAAAUUUAUUUCUAUUAUUUUUAUUUUAUUUUAUUUUAUUUUAUUUUUUUUUUAUUUCAAAUUUUCUUUAUAACAGUGUGACAAAUUGCCUUAGAAAUGUAAUUAGUUUCGCAAUGCAUUUAAUAAUGUAAUUUAUUUUGUUAUAUUAGUAACAAAGAUUAUGAUAUUUAAUUAAAACCAUUUGAAAUUCAUUCAAUUUUUAUCAUGGCACGCAAUGAAAUAUUAACGAUCUACUUUUUCUUGAUAAAUGUGUUAAUAAUAUAAGAUACAUACAUAGAACUGUUGUAAUAUUAUUUGCAAAAUUAUUCGUGCUACAUUAAAAAAAAAAGAAAAAAAAAACAUCUACUUUUUAGAAAUCCAUUUUUUUGAUAUUUCAAUACCGUUAAAGUCAAUUUAAUAAAAUGAACUACUCAUUUAUAUUAAAAAUUCUCAAAGAAAAAGUAAUAAUCAGCUUUUGUAAACAGUUCUAUGCUUUCUCUAACACAGUUCUAAAUAAUAAAAAUGGCUAUUCAAAAGGAGCUAGAUACUCUUAUAUGGUUUCUCUGAAAUUUUAUUACAUUGAAAGUAAUAUAUGCUCUUAAUAAUGCACUGCCAAUUUUUCUUAAUACAAUCAUUUUUUAUUAAUAUUUUUAAAUGAAUAUUUAGAAAGAGGAUAUGUAUAAGAUUAGAUCACUGCAGCACAGCUGUUAUACUAUCCUAAGAGACUGUGUACAUUUAUUGAUAUAUAUAAGCAAGAAAUUUUUUGUACAACUAGCUUCACAGAAACGGCUUUCUUACUUCAAUUAUAUGAAAUCAACAUUUACGUUUAAUAAGUAGAAAUAAAUUAUAUUGUUUAUAUACUCUAAACUUCAUUCUGUUAAAAAUGAUAUUACUACAAUGGAUGAAUGUUUAAUAAAAAAUUAGGAUAUUGAUAUGUACUAAGAAAAAAAAAAAAAAGAAGAAAAAAUACAUAAGAAAAAAUUAGCAUUAGAAAUACAUGUAUGAUAUAUCAUUUUUAUAAUAAGUUUUAUUAUAUUUAUUUUUUCAUAUUAUAAAAAUUCUACUAAUUUUUCUUACAUAAAUAUAUAUCGCUAUAACUUUUCAUUUGAUGGGGACAAUACUAAAGAUUAGUUUCUUUAUUGUUAUUAUAAUAGAUUCAGAUUUUUAUGAGGACAAUGUAUUCUACUGUUAUUAUUAAAAAAUCGUUUAAGAAUAUCAAAAGUCUAGUUAAAGGACUAAGUUGACGUAUAGAGCAAAAGAGUUUAUUAUCAUAAUUCAUCCAGUGCUUAUUCUAUCUUUAUUUCAUAAUGCAUUACAGAUAUCAUUUAGCUUUCAGGCUUGCACCUGUGCAUAUGUAGAUAAUAAAUAAAUAACUUAUUUAUAUUUUUAAUUGAUCUUAUGACAUUGUAAAGCUUGUAAAAAGAUAAUUCAAAAAAAAAAAAACAAAAAAAAAUAGAAAAUUUUUUGAAUUAUUUUUAUGUAUCUAAUUCUGUAAUAAAAUAUUACUGUUUAGACACAACUGUCCUUGCCAUAAAAUAAUUAUUUAAAUAAAAGUCAUUUCUCAUUUGCCAAUGAUA